AUGGCAUCAUCAUCAUCAUCCUAUUUGCUCCUCCUCCUCCUCCUCCUCAUUAAUAUCCUUGAAUGCCUCCUCCUCGCACGCUCGGUUCCUUAUGACUCGUCGUUUAAUCCCGUGUGUUUGGCAACGCCUCCGAAGCCUCUAUACAAUGGAGGGAUGGUGGUAAACCCGGAAUUCAACCAAGGACUAAAGGGGUGGAGACAAUUCGGAGAAGCCAAAGUGGAGCACAGAAUAUCUUAUUCUGAGGAGGAUGGAUUAAACAGUUACAUUAUAGCCUCCGAGAGGAAACUACCAUAUCAUAGUUUCUCGCAGAAGUUCCAUCUUCAGAAAGGGAAGAUCUACACUUUCUCAGCUUGGGUACGAACGAGCCAUGAAAAGGCUCCCGUGGCGGCCGUUUUCAAAACAAAAAGGGCGGGCUACAUAAAAGCGGGUUGGGGCCUGGCUGUAAGCGGGUGCUGGAGCAUGAUGAAAGGCGGGUUACACGUGAAUGCCUCUGGCUCGGCCCAUCUCUAUUUCGAGUCCGAAAAUACAGACGUUGAGAUUUGGGCGGAUAGCAUUUCGUUGCAAUCGUUCACCCGUGAAGAGUGGAAGUCUCACCAACAACAAAACGUGGAAAGAAGCCGGAAAAAGAUUGUGAAAUUCGAGGUAUUGGACAAUGAGGGAUUUCCGGUGGAGAACGCCACAGUGAGCAUAAGCCAGCUCUACAAUAACAUCCCUGUGGGCUGCGCCAUCAACCAAAACAUCCUUGGAAACCAGGCCUACCAAGACUGGUUCACAUCAAGAUUCUCGUACACGGUUUUUGAAAAUGAGUUGAAAUGGUACUCCAUCGAGCAAUCCCAGGGCGCGGAGAACUACGCGACGGCGGACUCCUUGCUCCAGUUUGCGCAAAACCACGGCAUUUCUGUACGAGGCCACAACAUUUUGUGGGACGACCCCAAGUAUCAGCCCAGUUGGGUCUCUGGGCUCUAUGGAGAGGCCCUUCAGGAGGCGGCUAACCGGAGGGUUGAAUCGGUGAUGAGUCGAUACCAGGGGAAGUUGAUCCAUUGGGACGUGAUGAACGAGAAUCUACACUUCCACUUCUACGAAGACAAGUUGGGACCCUCUGCUUCGACUAAUUUCUACCAGAGGGCGCGCCAGUUAGACGGGAAGGUGACCCUUUUCAUGAACGACUUCAACACAAUCGAGGAACCCGGAGACUAUGCAUCCUCACCGGCUAAUUACGCGCAGAAGAUACAGGACGAGCUUCAUUCCAACCCGGCCGUGCAGGGGAUCAUGUUCUGGUCCGCUUACAAUCCGCAGGGCUGCUACCAAAUGUGCCUUACCGAUGGUAAUUUCAACAACCUGCAGACAGGGAAUGUCGUGGAUCAGUUUCUUAAUCAGUUGAAGCAUGCGUAUGAUUCGAUGUCCGGAACUACAGACUCGAAUGGCUUCUUCCAAAAGUCCCUUUACCAUGGUAAGUAUGAGGUCAGGAUAAGCCACCCGGAUCGACCCGGUCAAGAUGAUGUACAUCACAUUCAUGUCCUGCCACAACAACAUCAUCAUCAUCAUCGUCAAAAUUUUGAUGAUGAUCACAGGCCAUACCAGCUGCAUACAGUUACUCUCGCCCCUACUACUGCUAAUAAUCACAAUUAA